UAAAAGCACUCAGAUGGCAGAUAACAGUUCUUCAGAUGGGGUUCCUUCAGAUUCCUUGGAAGCUGUUAAAAAUGCAAGUAAUAAAGAAAAACUCACAGAUCAGGUGAUGCAGAAUCCUCAAGUUUUGGCAGCUUUACAGGAACGACUUGAAAACGUGUCUCACACGCCCUCAAGCUACAUUGAGACUUUACCCAAAGCCGUGAAGCGGAGAAUCAACGCCCUGAAGCAGCUUCAGGUGAAGUGUGCGCACAUAGAAGCCCAGUUCUACGAGGAGGUCCAUGACCUGGAAAGGAAGUAUGCGGCUUUGUACCAGCCUCUCUUUGACAAGAGACGAGAGUUUGUCACUGGCGACGUGGAGCCCACAGAUGCAGAGUCCGAGUGGCACAGUGAGAGCGAGGAGGAGGACAAACUGGCCGGAGACAUGAAAAAUAAAGUCAUCAUAGCAGAGAAAGAAGCUGCAGCAGGAGAAGAGGCAAAUCCCAAAGGAAUUCCUGAGUUCUGGUUCACCAUCUUCCGAAAUGUAGAUAUGCUGAGUGAACUGGUACAGGAAUAUGAUGAGCCAAUCUUGAAGCACCUGCAGGACAUUAAAGUGAAGUUUUCUGACCCUGGACAGCCCAUGUCUUUUGUAUUAGAAUUCCACUUUGAACCCAACGACUACUUCACCAAUUCAGUCCUGACGAAAACGUACAAGAUGAAGUCUGAGCCUGACCAGGCUGAUCCUUUUUCCUUCGAAGGCCCUGAGAUUGUUGACUGUGACGGGUGCACCAUUGACUGGAAGAAAGGAAAAAAUGUCACUGUUAAAACCAUCAAAAAAAAGCAGAAACACAAGGGUCGAGGCACCGUCCGAACAAUUACUAAACAAGUGCCCAACGAUUCCUUUUUCAACUUCUUCAGCCCGCUGAAAGCUUCUGGCGAUGGAGAAUCACUGGAUGAAGAUUCUGAGUUCACCUUGGCCUCUGACUUUGAGAUCGGACACUUCUUCCGCGAGAGGAUAGUGCCCCGAGCGGUGCUGUACUUCACCGGGGAAGCCAUCGAGGACGAUGACAACUUUGAAGAAGGCGAGGAGGGAGAAGAGGAGGAGUUAGAAGGUGAUGAGGAGGGAGAAGAGGAGGAGGACGCCGAGGUUAACCCCAAGAAGGAUCCCAGCCAGCCCGCUGAGUGCAAGCAGCAGUAG